AUGUCUAGAAAAUCCUUGGCUAAAAGGCUCAAACUAGCAAGGCCAUUUCUUGCUGUUAUUGUACUUCAAUUUGGCUUUGCAGGGCUGAACAUAAUUUUGAAGUUUGCUCUAAACCAAGGGAUGAGCCAACACGUGCUGGUCGUGUAUCGGCACGCAGUUGCUACUGCUGUUAUUGCUCCUUUUGCCCUUGUGUUGGAGAGGAAAACAAGGCCCAAGCUGACCUCCUCUGUCUUCACCAAGAUUGUGUUCCUUGGCUUACUAGAGCCUGUAAUUGACCAGAACUUGUUCUACACUGGGAUGAAGUCCACAACAGCAACUUUUGCAGCUGCUAUGAGCAAUGUUCUUCCUGCUUUUGUAUUCAUAAUGGCUUGGAUAGUCAGGCUUGAGAAGGUUAAUAUUGGAAGAAUUCACAGCCAAGCAAAGAUAUUGGGAACCAUAGUGACUGUUGGAGGAGCAAUGUUCAUGACACUUUUUAAUGGACCAGUGUUGAACUUGCCAUGGGCAAAACAAGAUAAUCAUAUCGACUCUACAAAGGGUGCACAUAAUCAAGUCUCUAUCAAGGGUGCUCUAAUGAUCGGCGCGGGAUGUGUAAGCUGGUCUAGUUUCAUAAUACUCCAAGCAAUUACACUAAAAGCAUACCCUGCUGAACUCUCACUAACAGCCUUGAUAUGUUUGAUGGGAAUGGUGCAAGGCUCUGCCGUGGCGCUAGCGUUAGAAUGGGGCAACCCUGCAGCUUGGUCCAUACAUUUUGAUUCUAAGUUAUUAGCUGCUCUUUACAGUGGUGUAAUCUGUUCAGGGCUUACUUACUAUAUCCAAGGAAUAGUCAUGCAGGACAAAGGACCAGUUUUUGUGACUGCUUUCAAUCCUCUAAACAUGGUCAUAGUUGCAAUAAUGAGCUCCUUCAUAUUGUCCGAGACAAUGUACUUGGGAAGGGUUAUUGGAGCAGCUGUCAUUGUAGCUGGCCUAUACAUGGUUUUGUGGGGUAAGAGCAAGGAUGAGCCGACAUCCGAAUCGAUCGGCAAGAGAGUUUUAGCAUCUGAAAAUGAACACAUGACUGAGAUGAAUGAGAAUAUAAGUACCUCAAAAAGAGAUCUUUUGGUUGUGGCAGUUGAUGGUGCUAGAGGAAGAAACACGGAAGAAUCUGUCUGA